UCAUUCUGAAUAUGCAAAACAAAUGAAUAAAACUUGACGUUAAAAAAUAAUUAUGAAAAGGCACAUACAUUUUGUUGCUUACAGGAAAGUGUAUAAUUGGACGAUAAAAUAUGUUGCUUUAUUGUUUAUUUGUGCGUUAAUUGGAUUUUGUUCUGUUUACAUAUAUUUUUUCUAUUCAGAUGCCACGAUAGGUGAAAAUAUUGUGGUCGAACCUUUCCAAAUUUCGAAACCUGUUGAGAAAGUCCAAUUUACUGGAAAAAAAUUUGUCCACUUAGAUCUUAAGGGUGCUCCUCCUAAAAUAAGUUACUAUGAGUAUCUUUUUCCUCUACUUUUUAACAGUGGAGUAGGUGGUGUUGUGAUUGAAUACGAGGACACUUUUCCGUUUGAAGGAAAUCUUUCUAAUAUAUCUGCUCUAAAUGCUUAUACAAGAAGUGAUAUUGAUAUGAUCAAUAUCUUAGCUGAUACGAACAAAUUGGAAAUUAUACCUCUGGUUCAAACUUUCGGCCAUUUGGAAUUUGUUUUGAAAUUAGAGGAAUUCAAAGAAUUGCGAGAAGUUCCAAUAUAUCCACAGGAAAUAUGCCCUUCACAUGAAAAAUCCCUCCCACUUUUAACAGAAAUGUUAACCCAAAUAAUAGACGCACACCCUUUCACAGAGAAAAUUCACAUUGGAGCUGAUGAAACUCAUCAUGUAGGAAGGUGUAAAGAAUGUACUAGAAGAAUGAAACUGGAACAUAUUACUACAGAUGGUUUAUAUAUAAAACAUGUUAAGAAAAUUCGCGAUUUCCUUAGAAGAAAAUAUCCCCUUUUGAAGAUUUUCAUGUGGGAUGAUCAACUCAGAAAUUUUUCUGAAGAAGAAACUUUGAAUGAACUGGAUAAGUUGGAUAUAAUUCCAGUGGUUUGGCAGUACAAUACAGAUGUGUUCAACACUUUGGGACCAUCUUUAUGGAGCCAAUACUCUAAAGUGUUUCCGAAUGUAUGGAUAGCUUCAGCCUUCAAAGGUGCCACAGGUGUGGACCAAUACAUUGUUGACGUUUCUCACUAUAAUCAGAAUCAUCGCUCGUGGUUAGAUGUGGUGGAAAACUACAAGUUCCUGAUGAAAUUCGACGCUAUCAUUCUAACAGGAUGGCAAAGGUACGACCACUUCUCCAUUCUGUGUGAAUUGCUGCCUGUGGGGCUUCCAUCACUCCUGAUGAACUUGAAAAUACUGGAGGGGGAACUGGAUAAUCGCGUGGGACCAACAAAAGAAGUGGCGCAUAUUUUGCAUUGUCGACAACCUUACGGUCUUAUGGGUCCUGCAUUUGGCAGCCCUCGAUGUAAAUUCCCUGGAAGCGAUAUCUUAGAAAAUGCAUAUAGGUUACAUAGACUCAACGAGGAUUACAAUGAGCUGAAGAGGAGUUCGGUUAUGAGAGGUUGGGUUACAAAUUACAAUAUCUUGUACAAUUUUACCAAUCCCUAUCAUUUUUACAAUAUUGCACCCCAGUUGAAUCAUUUGGAGAAUGAAGUACUGGAAAUCGAAAAUGAUAUGUCGAAGGCCUUGUUGAACGUUUAUGAUGAGUACACAAAAGAUGAAUGGAUAUUAACUUAUAUUAAUCCUCUGAAAAAAGAAAUUCAAGAGCUGAUAAGAGUGAAAGAUCAACUUUUGGAUAGGGAUGUUUGGCCAAGGAGACCUCUGAAAUUAGAAGUUCCUAAAGAACAACAACGAACAUGAGUAUAAGAUUUGAAUCUCUCAACUAUAAGCUAUAUCAAUAGUUUCUGUUCAAUGUUAGUUUUCAUUAUCGACAAAUGUGGUAGAAUAAUUGUAAAUAUAUAAUAUUUUGUAAUUUUU